GCGCGCGCGUGUGUGUGUAGGGGCGGGCGCGGGCGGGCGGGGGGCGGGCUCCCGGGCUCCCCUCCUCCCCAGCCCGCUCCUCUAGCUCGCUCGCCAACUCCGGGCCCCAGCCGCGGGCGGGCGCACGGCGGGCGGACAGCAUGCUGAGCCUCCUCGUCUGGAUCCUCACUCUCUCCGAUACUUUCUCCCAAGGGACCCAGACCCGCUUCAGUCAGGAGCCGGCCGACCAGACAGUGGUGGCUGGACAGCGGGCCGUGCUCCCCUGCGUGCUGCUCAACUACUCCGGAAUUGUGCAAUGGACCAAGGACGGGCUGGCUCUGGGCAUGGGCCAGGGCCUCAAAGCCUGGCCACGGUACCGGGUCGUGGGCUCCGCAGACGCGGGACAAUACAACCUGGAGAUCACAGAUGCUGAGCUCUCUGACGACGCCUCUUACGAGUGCCAGGCAACGGAGGCCGCCCUGCGUUCCCGGCGGGCCAAACUCACCGUGCUCAUCCCCCCAGAGGACACCCGGAUUGACGGAGGCCCUGUGAUUCUACUGCAGGCAGGCACCCCCCACAACCUCACAUGCCGGGCCUUCAAUGCGAAGCCUGCUGCCACCAUCAUCUGGUUCCGGGACGGGACGCAGCAGGAGGGCGCUGUGGCCAGCACGGAAUUGCUGAAGGAUGGAAAGAGGGAGACCACUGUGAGCCAGCUACUGAUUAACCCCACAGACCUAGACAUCGGGCGAGUCUUCACCUGCCGAAGCAUGAACGAGGCCAUCCCCAAUGGCAAGGAGACUUCCAUCGAGCUGGACGUGCACCACCCUCCUACAGUGACCCUGUCCAUCGAGCCACAGACAGUGCAGGAGGGUGAGCGUGUCGUCUUUACCUGCCAGGCCACGGCCAAUCCUGAGAUCUUGGGCUACAGGUGGGCCAAAGGAGGUUUCUUGAUUGAAGACGCCCAUGAGAGUCGCUAUGAGACAAAUGUGGAUUAUUCCUUUUUCACGGAGCCUGUGUCUUGUGAGGUUCACAACAAAGUGGGGAGCACCAAUGUCAGCACUUUAGUAAAUGUCCACUUUGCCCCCCGGAUUGUAGUUGACCCCAAACCCACAACCACAGACAUUGGCUCUGAUGUGACCCUCACCUGUGUCUGGGUUGGGAAUCCCCCCCUCACUCUCACCUGGACCAAAAAGGACUCAAACAUGGGGCCCAGGCCUCCUGGCUCCCCACCAGAGGCUGCUCUCUCUGCCCAGGUCCUGAGUAACAGCAACCAGCUGCUGCUGAAGUCAGUGACACAAGCAGACGCUGGCACCUACACCUGCCGGGCCAUUGUGCCUCGAAUCGGAGUGGCGGAGCGGGAGGUGCCGCUGUAUGUGAACGGGCCCCCCAUCAUCUCCAGUGAGGCGGUGCAGUAUGCCGUGAGGGGUGACGGUGGCAAGGUGGAGUGUUUCAUUGGCAGCACGCCACCCCCAGACCGCAUAGCAUGGGCAUGGAAGGAGAACUUCUUGGAGGUGGGGACCCUGGAACGCUAUACAGUGGAGAGGACCAACUCAGGCAGUGGGGUGCUAUCCACGCUCACCAUCAACAAUGUCAUGGAGGCUGACUUUCAGACCCACUACAACUGCACUGCCUGGAACAGCUUCGGGCCGGGCACAGCCAUCAUCCAGCUGGAAGAGCGAGAGGUGUUACCUGUGGGCAUCAUAGCUGGGGCCACCAUCGGUGCAGGCAUCCUGCUCAUCUUCUUCUUCAUCGCCUUGGCAUUCUUCCUCUACCGGCGCCGCAAAGGCAGUCGCAAGGAUGUGACCCUGAGGAAGCUGGAUAUCAAGGUGGAGACAGUGAACCGAGAGCCACUCACAAUGCAUUCUGACCGCGAGGAUGACACCGCCAGCGUCUCCACAGCCACCCGGGUCAUGAAGGCCAUCUACUCGUCUUUUAAGGAUGAUGUGGAUCUGAAGCAGGACCUGCGCUGCGACACCAUCGACACUCGGGAGGAGUAUGAGAUGAAGGACCCCACCAAUGGCUACUACAACGUGCGUGCCCAUGAAGACCGCCCGUCUUCCAGGGCAGUGCUCUAUGCUGACUACCGUGCCCCUGGCCCUGCCCGCUUCGACGGCCGCCCCUCAUCCCGUCUCUCCCACUCCAGCGGCUAUGCCCAGCUCAACACCUACAGCCGGGCCCCUGCCUCUGACUACGGCCCUGAGCCCACACCCCCUGGCCCUGCAGCCCCUGCAGGCACCGACACAACCAGCCAGCUGUCCUACGAGAACUAUGAGAAGUUCAACUCCCAUCCCUUCCCUGGGGCAGCUGGGUACCCCACCUACCGACUGGGCUACCCCCAGGCCCCACCCUCUGGCCUGGAGCGGACCCCAUAUGAGGCUUAUGAUCCCAUUGGCAAGUACGCCACAGCCACUCGAUUCUCCUACACCUCCCAGCACUCGGACUACGGCCAGCGAUUCCAGCAGCGCAUGCAGACUCACGUGUAGGGGCCAAAGCCUGGCUGGGGCAUCUCUGCGGGGCAGAGGAGAAGGCUUUCACAGCUGUUCCCUGAUAUUCAGGGGCGUUGCUCAUUGCUCCCUUCUCGGACCAGCCUUCCUCCUCCCACCGUGGCAAGUGGGGAGCAGGUCUCCCAGAAACACCCCGUCCCGAGGAUGGUGCUCUGUGCAUGCCUCAGCCUCCUGGGCUUGCCCUUCCCUCUUCUUCGGGAGGAUGUGUCUCUUCUGACCUGCACUCUUGCCUGACCCCAGAAUGGGGACAGGAAAGUAAAGGUUGGGGAGAGCAGAGGGGGCACUUUUUAGCAUUCCCUUUCUAUCCCACCCCUCUGAUCUCCUGUCAGUGGAAAUAGGGGUACCCAGGGGUGGGCAGACUUUGGCCUAGGGACGUGAAGUAUGGGAGGGGGUGGCUGUGGCACAGACUGGUGGAAACAGGAGAGCCUGGCCAGUCCCUCUGUUGUCUGCACUCAUACCCUGGGUGCGUCUCUCCUUCCUCAGGGUACUGCAGAAGGGAGCAUGGAUUUAUUUUCUCUCUUGUCUACAGAACAGCCGUAGCACUGCAUUCAAAUCCAGCCUUCAGUCAGCUGGGAUCAAAAUGCCAGUCACCUUGGCUGCCCACUGUGGACAUCUGUCUGUCAGCAUGCAGAGGGAUCCAGGAAUCCCCGGCAGCACUGCCCGCUUUUCUUCUAUGUUGGGCCAGCCAGCUAAGUCAGGGUCCUGGUGGAGAAAGAAAGAUGAGGACCAUGUCCUGAUGGACUAGAGACCACUGUGUGCCACACAGCAGUUUCCAGAACCAACACUAGAGGGAGCCACCCAAGCCUCUUCACCCGCAAUCUGCCCCACUUGCCGGCUUUAACUCUUGAGCUGGUUUAGGGAGUGGUGAGGUGGGGUGGAGGUUUUGUAGGAGGAAACAAAAAACAAUGAAAACCUCAUUUGGAAAGAAAAGCUGUAGGGAUUCCCCCACCUAAAUACAAGUCCCAGUGGAAGGAAAAGGUGGUACCUAUUCUUCUCCAUGGGGUUCCCAACACCUUCCAUUACUCUCAGCCUCCAAGCACUUUGAAUCCAUUUUAUACAUUCAGGUUGCCAGACCUGUCGCGCAGUGGGCUAGGAUAGGGCUAGGGAGGGGCCUGGCCCUCAGGCUCUACUCUCCUACCCUAGGGCUCAUCAGCUGGUUGGAGGCCACCUGCCAGGGGCGAGAGACAGGUUUUGGUUUUUUAAGUGUCUUUUUUUUUUUUUUUCUUGGACCAAUCAGAUUCCUUCUUCCACUUUCAGUGCCUUGAGUGUCAAGCUUUGGAUGACCGACCCUACGUGGGCGGCUGUGCAGGGAGCGGAUACUCGCAAGCCUCGGACACACUGUUAAGUGUUACAGUGUUAGGGGAGAGCUGGGUGAGGGGACCUGGAGAGGUAGGGGGCCUGGAAAUGCCCCUGACGGAGAACUUGUGCUGACCGGGAGAAGGUGGCACGGAAGGGCACCAGGCAUUCCACAGGCCAUUUCUCCAUGUGCACGCACUUCCAACACACACCUUCUCAGCUGCCACCUUCUGACCAAAGAGAAGAGGCCCUCCAAGGAGAACCUGUACCCUUGCCCCAGCCUCACCUUCCUAGGAAGCAGUGUCUGGAGUCGGCAGUUUCCCGCCUCCCCAACUGCAUGUCCAGCCCAGUGAGAGGCAGGGCCUCUGGUGCAAUUCCCAAAGCAUUCCUUGCCUUUUCUCCAUGGUCACCAUUCAUAACUCACGUUCGUUUUAAUGGGUUACAUGCUCAUCAACCACAGGCCAUUACCGCCCUUACCGAGAGGUCCGGGGGGGUGACAUUCCUGGCCAGCCCCUUGCUAGUAAGGAACAGGUAGUACCCAGGAAGCAAGUCGCUCUAGUUCUAACCUCACAGGAAGCCGGCCUCUGCAUCCUCCUCCAUUCCAGCAGAGAAAAUUCCUGUGAAGUGGGCCCUAGCUUGGGCAUUUACAGGCUGCCAGCUGUGUUCCACCCCUGGAAGCUGAUACCUUUCAAUAGAGUCCUUUUAUGAGAGCUCAGUGAGAAGGUCUGUCAGGAAAUGCAGAUUCCCGUACAGACAAGGUCAUGGGAAUUUCUAUUAUUUUCACAAAACCCAGAAGCUAUGGGUAACCCAAAGACUUAAAGUCUAAAGAUGGUGGCGUUUUAAACAUGAAUAUUAAAAAAAAAAUCAUUUUUGUUUUGAGUUUGGCUAGAUUCUCUAUCCAUUUUUGGCUUAAGUGUUACUUUCAUUCUACUGAAAUGAUGGAGAGACAGGCUUACGGUCACUAGGUAGUUGAGCUGAAGGUGCAGGGAGAAUUGUUCAGAAAGGAAGCCUGGUUUUCAGAAGCCAGACAGAGCUUCUUCACCGUUCUGUGCUCCUUACACGUCAACUGGAGCCUCUUAGGUGUCAGGCAGGCACCCUGGAAGGCACAGGGAAGUACCAGUCUCUGCCCUCUGUCAUUUACAUGCUGGUAGCGAUCAGAAUCUGAAUUGGAAGCUGCCUGGCGGGCCCAGUGGAAUAGCUUUUCUGGGGAGUGGAAGGUAUCCUUGAUCACAGAGCUUUGCUGUCGAAUCCUGGAGUCCUGCAACAUGGUGAUGCCUCAGUAGUUUGUGAGCCUGAUCACAUCCGAUGGCUUGUUUUAGUGGGAAGAGCAAGGAGACCCAGGACCCAGACCCAAAGCUGCCAAGGUUAGAUCUCGGCCUAACUCUGUUCAUUGCCCCCAGUUUUUCUGGCCUGCAAAAUGAGGGGGUAGGGUUGUCACAUCUAAAACUAUUCUGUUUUUGCUAUGCCCAUUGGGUGGAGGGGUGAGGGUGGGACUGCCCAUUGCUGGCAAGAAACUGGGAGCAGUAGCAAGCAUGGUGAGGGCUGGGGAGCUGGUCAGGGUAGGGUUCUCUCCUGUUCGAAGAAGCUUUCACCAUGGACUUCAUUAUCUUGUCAGAAGUGGUGUGAAUGAGUUUCCACCAGGGAUCCCUUCAUCCCAAACAGCAACAUAAAACACACCCUAAGCCUCAGAGUAAAAUUGAUGUGGGGUUAUCCUUUGGCCAUUGGGUCAUCCGUGCUGCUCCCCACUCAUUUCUGAUGGGUUUGCAAAGGUGUCUUUUGCCAGGGUAGGCCACAGUGAGUUUCCUGUACUAUGUGCCUAGGUUUCAGGCACUGCUUCUGUAGGGGAGAUGGAAGCAGCCUUCCUCCACCCUGAUACUUGGCAGCAUUCCUCUGGGCCAGGGUCAGCUCGUUCCUCUUACCAAACACGUGAAGCCUGCAGUCCAAGCUGCCCGGAGCCAGAGGUCAGGGAGUAAGCACAGCUGCCCCCUCCAAGGAGUAGCUUGCACGGGGAGCCAGGAGAGGAAAAGGGGUACAACGGCGUUGGCAUACAUUCUGGAUCUUGAAGAUGAUCUUGUGAUGUUGGCUGAGCCACGGUCGCUCCCCUUGUGAAGGGCCCACCCUAUAUCCUAAAUUCUGGAUCCUUCAAAGUCCAGCCACAGAGUUUGCAUUAAGCAAAAGGCUUAAUACGUGAGAAAGGAAGAGGCCAGGGAUGGGAGCAGUGCGGUGCUCUCCUAAAUGAAUGGAAUCAUUAGUAGGAGCACCCUGGCUUCAGGCAGCAUGCUCUCUCCUUAUCCCAGCAGGGCGACCAUCCCCUUAACUCAGAGGGGAGCUUUAUCUGCUUUAAAGUGGAGCACGGCAUGCUGGAGUUUCUUGCCCUCGUGCCCUGUCGUUAACCUGUCAGAGCCACAGUCCCAGGCUCCGUAAAAUGGAAUCGGUUUCUCAGUAAACUUGGCCCAUGUUCAUAGCAAUGUUCAGCCAUUUGGGUUUGAAGAAAGCCGCGUUAAAGCCAAGACCCCGUUUGGAGCAAACUGCCUUGUUCCUUGCUGUGUGGAAGGUUCUGUCCCCACAGCUAAACUCCAGUUCCUCCCCAAGCACCCUGGCCUCAAAAUCCUGGCUUCCCCACCAAGUCAGUGCUAUCUGACCUGAGCCAGGCCGCCGCUUGGUGCCUCUACGGGCCACUGUGCGUGUUGAGAAUCGCUGAAAAGGAGCAGUGAGCUCCUGACCCUGGUGAGGCCAUAAUGAACACUGAAGUGCACAGACCAAGGGAUGUAAUUGAAAGGCAAUUUAUAUUUUUGUGAAGAUGCUAUAAAAGUAGCAUUCCCCUUCCCCUCUCAGCCUCCUCCUAUCCCCCCCCUAUGGUAUUUCACCUCCUCUCCUCAAGGCCAGACUUAGUGAAAGGCGUUGGCUCACCUUUGUGUGCUGGCGCUUACCUCUGGGCUGGUGGAGAGGACUGAGAUGUCUGGUUUGGUAGGUAGGGGUGGGUGCAGGAGGUAGGGGGGAUCCCAUUUUCUCGCAUCACUGUGAGGGGGCUCCAGGCCCUGUCCCUGGAGAAAUAAUUGCUGCGCAGAAGUCACAGGCCAUACUGGGCAGUUCUGGUACAAACCUGCCCUUAAAAAUAAUAACAAUAAUAAUAAUAACCCCAUUUACAUAGGACUGUCACUCAUUCCUGCCAGUCUGCUGUCCCUACCUUGGUUUUUGCUGGCCCCAACCACUGGCCUUGUUGAGUACUGAUGGGCCCUGGACUCUUCUCUUUGCUUCUGGAGCUCUUCAGAUGCUGCUCCCCUGAGAAUAACUCUGGGGAGGGAGCAGCCAAAUUCCCAGUCCGAUAGAAGGUCCACACAAUCUUGUUAGCAACAGUGACCCGGAAAAUUUUGCUGCAUCCAAUUUCACCAGAAGAGGCCCAGGACUCCCUGUGGUCACAUUUUCUAUCCGGCCAUUCUUGGGAUUACAACCUCAGUUUCUAGCUCCAGUUGAAUUUUCUCCACCCACACCCCAGAAAUAAAUGGAUCCAUGAUGAUAAUUAAGAGAAGAGAAAAAAGAUAUUAUUUUUGUUAGGACAAACCAUCGUAGAUUUUUAGCAAUGUGUAUCUGUGUGUUCCUCACACCUUUUCCUAUUCUGCCUUUUUUUUCCUUUUUUUUUUAAAUAUUAUGUACUAUAUUUUUAGUCUCAAACACACUAUAUAUUAUAUAUAUUUAAUUUUUUUAUAUAUAUAAAUAUAAAUGUUUUAAAAAGUA